GGGCAUUGUUUUCACCGUCGCUAAGGUACUUCCCCGUGUGUGACGUCAGCGCGAUAACAAGAAUAAACAAUAAAUUAAUAGUGUACGAAAAUUAGACGCCCGUACGGAAAUAGCCGCAUCGACUCUAGUGUGGAAUAGAAGUCUGGGAUGUAACAUACGCCAUUUCAAGUCAUGAAGUGUCUCAAUGCCGACUGUGGGACGGUGCAAAGUGAGGGAAAAUUCUGCAUCGAAUGUGGCACACAAUUAGAACCAAGAAAAGCAGAGUUCAUAAACUGUGCUGGCAAAGAUGACAAUUGAAAACAUGCGGCGCAACUAUCAAUUCGAAUCAUAGGUUCUGCUCGAACUGUGGGAGAAAAGUUGACCCGAAUGAGUUUCUGAUUGGGAUUUGUCAAAAAUGUGGCGCACAAUCAUUGUCCUGUUACGGAGAAGAUGUGCAAGGUGUGCAUAGAGACCAAGUGAACAGGUUUGGAGUUUUUUUUUCCAGUUUUCGAUUGCGCACUGGUCGAUUUCAUUUGUUUGGAAAUGGAGGAAAGAAAUCAAAGAAUUUCUGUAGCGAUUUUGGGGCAUAGUUUUAUCCGUAGACUACACAAGAGCUUUAGGUAUCAUUCCCUGCCUGCCAACAAUGACCUGAGGGAAUGCGAGGCGAUCCAUAUGGGGCUGGGUAGACUGUGCGUUUGCGAAAAUAACCAGAGACAUGUAAGCACUGACAAGUUUAAGCAGCGAUAUGACAAUAUCCUUAAACUACAUAAGCCACAAGUUGUUGUACUUCAGCUCGGUGAAAACGAGACUGUGAGAUAGGCAUGAACUCUAGGAUCGUGCCACUAACCGUUGCAUGUACAUUAGAGGAGAUUGGCGUACUGCUUUUGAAGGACUAUAAUGUGAAGCAGGUUAUUCUCUGUGAAUUGUUCACACGUGAAAAACCUCGGAACGUCAGUGUAGAGGAAUAUGAGGCAAAACGACGUCAUACAAAUUCAAUAUUAAAGACGUUAUUGGAAUCCCAUCCAUCUAUCACAUUCUGGAGUCACAUACGUAUCUUCGGUGCCCAGACACGAAUCUUUGCAGCAGACGGGGUCCACCUGACCCAAUUUGGUCAGCUUCGCUUCUACAGGUCGUUGCGGCACGCGGUUAUGAGAGCUGUGAAGAAUCAUACAUAGAGGUUUCUAGGGGAGUAUAGUUUACGAUAUCUGUAGAGCACUGCUGAUGAUUAGGCAAUGACAUGUAAGGAUUAUGUAAUAACAUCGAAAUGAAGACUGAUCUCAUAUGUCAAGGUCAUUGCUUAUUUAAAUUUGGAAGCAGUAUUAGAUAUCAAGCUAAAUGAAGACUAUUAAUUUACAUAAUCAUUGGUAAAAUAAGUUUUCGAACCAAACGUACAUUUACUACAGUAUUUCUUUGCUACAGAUUAUAAUAUAUCUGUACAAAUGAGUUGUUAAUUACAUAAUGAUUGCUUCAAUUUUGUAAAUACAGCUGCGGGAAUACAAAACAUAAGGACAAUGUCCGUGUAUGUUAAUAUAGUCUUCCACAAUAUUUGGUCGGUGAGCCAUUAAAUGCGACCUGGUAUAUUGUUUUCAUGUAGGUUGUAUGGUUUUAUUUCAUCUAUCUUUAAUAUACCCAAUAUUCCAUCGCUUUCUGCAAGCAAGUAGACUUUAUCGAGGUAAAAUAUGUUCUGUUAAUGUGGUUGGGCUCUUUGAUAUUUGUGCAACCCCCCACGUCUGCGAGCCAUAAGGCUUUAACGCGGUCACAUUUAUGUGAAUUGUGGGGUUUUUAUGUUUGUUGCCACUCUCUGCGAGCCAUUUGGUUUUAACGCGGUCACACUAUUUGUGUGAAUUGUGGUUGUUUGUUUUGUCAUAUAUCCCACUGUCUGCGAGCCUGUCGGCUUUAACGCGGUAACAUUUAGUUGAGUGUGCGUGUCAUAUUUAUUUGAAUGUGAAUUGUGGAUCUUUUUAUUUAACCAUUUGGUGCAUACUGCGUAUUAUAUCCCACUGUCUGCGAGCAUGUAGGCUUUAACGCGGUCACAUUUGAUUGAAUGUGCUUGUCACAUUGAAAUGAAUGUGAAUUGUGGAUGUUUUUAUUUAACUUAUUUAUAUGUAUAUAUCCCACUGUCUGCGAGCCGUAGGCUUUAACGCGGUCACAUUUGAUUGAAGGUGCUUGCCUCAUUUAAUUGAAUGUGAAUUGUGGAUGGAUUUAUUUAACUCAUUGGUGUUUUAGAAUAUCCCUCUGUCUGUAAGCCUGUAGGCUUUAAUGUGGCCACUUUUUGUUAAAUGUGCGUGUUUCAUUUGAUUGAGCGCCAAUAUUUUUUGUUAUUUUGGUGUUUUGUUGGGCGCAGUGUGCCGCAUGUAGUGAUUACUUCCAUUACUUUGAAUAUGGCUACUGUUUAUCAAAAUAAAUGUUUUGCACACAGAUUAUUUUGUCUCUCAAUCCUGAGGUUAUUAUUAACUACUGGCAGACUGUGAAUUGUAGAUGUAUUUAUCAACUACUUUAUAUGUGCUGUAAAUUAUACGUAUAAACAUAAAUACCAUGUAUUCGGUACGAUAGUAGAGUGGCUUAACCUUGUUAUUGCAAGAUGAAGUGUAUGCGAUUCAUUUCAGGGAUAAUAUGUUUUGCUUUGAAUUCAUUUCAGCCCCAACAUGCCCCCAAAGAAACUUGACGAAGUAGAAGUAGAAAGGAAAAUUUCAGAAAUUUUGGGCAACAAUGCGCGCCAGACAACUACAAAUGACCAACAUGAUCAGCAUGUCGAUGGGGGGCAUCAAUCAAUUCCACAUGAGGGACCCCAGACAACCAAAACAGGGCCUCGAAUUGAAGUACUAAAAUCAUACUACGAUACAUCAAAACACAUGCGUUUUAAUGUAGUGCUUGUGAUGAAACACACAGCUACGGACGAAUACUGGACAUUAUUUUUUGCGGCAAUAAAUCAUCUAUUCGAGUGCAAUGAAGGCAUGUUUGAAACAAAUUGCGAGUGUUUUGUAAUCUACACACCAGAAAGUACCACUGAAGUCCAGAGUGAUUUGAAUAUGACAGUAAGCAACUCGGAAGACCAGAUUGGUAUCAUGGAAUUGCAGCAUGGGUUGAACCGUCAAGCCGGAAGCACUGAACUCAAAUAUGAUUUAAACAUGGCAUUCAGUAAUAGUGAAGUCCGGGCUACUUCGAACUGCCAAGUUAGUUACACUGAUGUACUUGAUGGUCUUAACGGUCUUGUCAGUAACACUGAUGCACAGGCUGUUUGUAACGGCCCAGUCAGUGACACUGAAGCCCAUCGUGUUUUAAAUGGUUUUGUAAGUAACACCGAUUACCACGAUGGAUUAAUCGGUACGAUCAGUCAUACUGACGUCACUGAUCGUUUGAACAGCCCAGUCAGUAGCACUGAAGUCAAAAGUGGCUUAAAUAUUUCAGUCACAAAACCUGUUUUAAAUAUUUCAAACACAAAUAUCAUAGUUCCGAUUAAUUCGCAUGUCACUAACUCUCAGACAGAGGCCAAUGUCGAUGUGUGUUCUACAGUUGCGAAACCCAUGGUUUAUGAGCAUAAAGAUUACAAACCUACGCGUGUGGCAUUCGAACAAUCGAACACACGUAUGAAUAUUUUUUUCCUCAUUGGUUUUUAUUUGUUAUUGUUGUUAUUCUGAUUUUCAUUUUCAUUUUUUUAGAUAAUAUAUGGCCAAUUGAUACCGUAGAUUAAAAUUGUUGAAAAAAUGCAAUUAAUGAAACUCAUAGCAGCAGUUUGUUUGGAAAGGAGUGUUUUGCUUUUGAAAUAAAUAUUUCUAUAACUUUACACAAGCCUUUGCUGUAAUGAUUAAAUGUGUGUAAGCUGUCGUAUACUGCUUAUAAAUGGUAUGUACUACCCACCUGUGUACAAUCUGGAAUCGCCUGUUGUCCAACGUGCGUUGUCCAUCGUUCGUGCGUCGCACACAAUCUCCAUUUAAAAAAUGUCUCCUUUACCGCUUGGAAGAUUUUCACGAACCUCCAUAUGAAUGAUGGGUGACUUUCAAAGCUGUUAAAAUCGUUGCGUUCAAUGCAUAUAUAGGUCACAAGUGAUUCUGAUUUUCAAACUGAAUAAUUACAAAAUCGUCGUCUCUGACUUCGCAGUGGUCAGGGGUGUUAUAUGCGGUGUGCAACAUCGUAGUAGUCUAUCACUUUAAUCCUGCCCCUGGGUACAGAACUCGCCAAACUAAAGGGAUAAAAUCAAUGUAAAUAUCUGUAUUGCCACUUAAAAAAGCUUCUCUGAAACCACAAGUCCCACAGCUUUAAUGUUUGGAAUAUAAAAUUUGAUGGUGGUCCUGAAGAAAAAGUGUACAACUCAUGCCCCGUCCGUUGACAAAACAUUUAUCGAGGAAAAUUCAUCAGUUCAACAUAUAUCCUUAUUAUAACAAACGAAAUCGACCGUCAUACAUAUUUUUACUACUGUGACCGAAUGAAUUCAUGCUGCUUUUGGUAAGGCAAUUCUGUUGUUAUGUUUUAAUCGCAACCUCUUUUUGUUUAUCCAAACUAAAAUCAACGAAAAAGACAAACGAAAAAUCACAAUCGUUGCUGUUUGUACACGCGCUUCUCGUUUAGGCUAACCGGGGUCCAGACUUUUCCAGAUGGGGUUUCCUCAUAAUACUUCAACACAAGACCACCCCGACAUUAAAAAAUAUCUUUCAUUAAAAAUAUUUCCUGGAAAUUGCCUCAGGUAGGAGUGGUGAGAAAAACUCCGGGUCGUUACAUUAUGGUGCCUCAAGCGCGAAAAGAUCUUAUUAAAUUCGAAAUACACAAACACACGAACGCACACACACACGCACAUACACACACAAAUAAUAUGAACCGAAGAGACCAAUAUAUCAAUGAAAAGUAGGUUGGCUAUCAACAAUAUGUAUUGUAGUAAAUUUCUAAAUAGUUGUUUGCCUCAUGAUAACCAGUUUUUUUUGUCGUGGCAAAUAGUAACCAGGUGCACUAACUUUGGAACAAAUAGGACUGGUUACCACCAAGACCAGCGCUAUUUUGUCGUUUAUCACGACCUGUAAUCUGAAGGCAAUGCUGAAGAUCGCCGGAUGUACCGUUGGCAUCCAAGAUGAAGAAGGCGCGUUUUCGGAGAUAAAAAAUAAUAUAUUUAAAUGUAAGCACUCAAGUAAAGCUGGCAAAGGCAUUUGUUUUUUUUUUAAUUGAAAAACAAAAUGCGGAGACAUCUCUAUGAUCCUUUCCAGAUUUCUAGAUGCCUCUGAGUCGCUGCUACAGGUGCAGUCUCGCCUUAUGGUAACGUCACUGACGAGCACGCUGACCGAAAUAUAGGCAUUCGGUACGAAUAUAGAGCGGAACUUUUACGAUAAGUCGGCAUGAAACUGUUUACCAAAGAAGCCAUCGCCGUUUUGUAGACCACACAGUCAAUAGUCGUGUGACGAGGUUUAAGGUCGCCGGAUAUACCGUUGGUCUGCAUGAGCGAGAACGCGCGUUUUUGCACUUAAACAAAUUUAUGAAGAAAACACACUUUUACAGCAAGUAUGCGCGCAUGCGUUUGAAUUAUAAAUUAAAAUAUUGAUGAAUCUCGAUUAAACUUUAAAAUCUACUUGAGGCACCUAGACCGCUGCUUCCGAUGCAGUCUUGCUUUCAUUUUGACGAAUUAAAAUAGCUUUUGCGACUACUCCUAUCUAGUAAAUAUAUCGAUUAAUGUCAAUUUGCAAUAGCAUCGUUCCGACAUGCUGGAAACUUUAACGGCUGUAAAUUCAUAUAACAGCGCAUAAUUAUCAUGCAUUAAUUAUUAAACAUAAAAUAUAAACAUUUUUUACUAAUUGCAUUAGUAGAAUGUUUAUAAAAACUUACAAGUAAUGAUAUUCCUGGCCUGAAAACACUACCACUGUUCAAAUUGCAUAUUGUUCCCAUAUAGCACUGUGUAAAUUGAAAGUUGCCUUAUGUUACCUCAUUGGUUGGUUAUAAAUACCUUGUUUUUCUAUACAUAGUAUUCGAUUUAGACGAAAUAAAUAAUUUACGUAAAAUGUCAUAUUAGUUUUCAUUAAAACUUUGAUCUUGUCAUAUGUGUUUAUUGGCGUUAUUAAUUGUGUUAUACUUAUUUUUGUAUUUCAUUAAGAAUUAUAACGUGUAGCCCUUUUUUGUCAACUGUUUUUAGAAAAAGAUUCGCGCCCUAAGACACGAAAAAUUGUUAAAGUGACACUUUCAUUUAAAGGUUUAAUGUAAACAAUAUUUAAUGAAACAUUUAUUUUUGGUAUUUAUACAUUGACAUGUUAAAUUCGAUGCUUGUAAAUGUGUUUAUUUUUGUACAAGAUGGCGCCGAUAUUGUUAAUUUCAAUAACUGUUAACAUUCUGAAUAUUGUAUAAUAAAUUGAAUAGUGAAUGAAUUAUCAUUUUAUCUAAUUAAAAAAUACAUAAUUGA